AUGGCGGUCCGCAUGAAAGAGCCAGACGCCGACCAAGUGUACUUCUGCGAGAAUUCAUGCCCUGCGAGUUACUCUGGCUGUCUGGAUGAGGAUGGGUCGUCGAUGACAGAGCAGGAAAUCGCGGAGUUCAUCAGAUAUUCGAACCCACGUCUGUAUGAGAAGCUGAAGGGCGUGCGGUUCACCAGCUCGCACUUACCUUGUGAUGAUCAUCCAGAAUCGGAUGACAUAUUCGGCGACGGCAACACUACAGCUAGUUCAUCCGAUGUUGAUUGCCCGUAUGAGGUUGACUUCACAAGCCCUUCCAGCUCGGGGCCGUACCCUGCAGCAGGACCCAUCGUUCUCGAAGGCAGGUACCACUUUACCUUCUACCAGCACUGCGAACCGCGCAUUGUGUAUUGCUGCUCUUCACCUACCUGUCCAAACCCUCGCAACGUGAUCCCAGUCGGGAACUACUUCGCCAUCGUCCGCGACACAGCGUUGUACGAAGACGAUGAUCGACUCACCGACUACAAUCGUGUUGCGUAUUAUUGUCUCGACUGUCUCGACUGCAUCGAGGAAGUAGUGGACCGCGAAGAGCACCCAGGACAUGGGCAGAAGAUAGGCGCUCCGCUUGUCGAUGGCGCGCAACCGGACCGGAACCUGAUUCUCCACAAAGCCCAAGAGAUCUAUCCGGAGCUGCGACCGAAGGACUUCUUUUUCAUUCGCAUCCCCUCUGAAGAUGAGCCGGAAAGUGAACUAGGAAAAGCCUCGAACUCGAAAAUGGCCGUUCGUCUCCGUCGCCAAAAGCAGCUUGAGAUCCACCGCAUUGCAGAGGAGUUGAGAGAGAAACAGCUCACAGCCGUCUACCGAAUGUCCGAUAGAAUGCCCAAAUCUGAUCCGUUCGGCCUGAGGAUAUCGGGUCCGUUGGAAUCGCAGCCAUACAGGGAGCGAUACAAGAAGCAGGGCCUCGAAUGGAUCAACCGGCUUGAAGGAUUCGAAGUCAAAGACGCCCAGGAUAAAGACCGAGCAACCACAAACCAUGCUCCCGCUUCAGAUCUUGAGAUGGUGGAUGUACCGGUCUGCUAUUGCAGGGAACCAGCUGACGAUGAGCCCAUGUUGCGCUGUCAGUCUGCAUCGUGUAUGCUUGGGCCGAUCCACUUUCGAUGUUCAGGCCUCGAUCGAUUGCUGCUAGAUACCGACGAAUACUGGUGCGGCUACUGCGUGAGUGAUUUCACAGGUGACACGAAGCAGAUCCGCGGAAACAGAGUGCUGGGAGAUGGUAUCUCGGGAUCGGAAAAUGGUCUGAGUAUAUCAGAUGUGGAGAUUGGUGACGCAGAUUCCGGAGACAUGGCAAGCGGGGACGAAGAGGACGACAGUGAAGUUGAACACCACCACAUGCCGUCGGCGUACGGGUUUGUUGCGGUCAAUCGUUUUCGCUCCCAAGGUGAAUGA